GUUCUUCUUCCUUUCUUGGUUCAUCCUCCAAAUUUGACAAAGCUUUCAACUUUCUCUGUUUUUGGAGUUUUGAGUAUUAAAAUCCAUUGAUUUUGAUCCCAAAAUCAUACUAAAACAGUGCUUAGCAAACAAAGAAAUGAGUAAUUUCUCCAUUUAUAUUCAUCAUGUGCAGCAAUGAGGAGCAUUAAUGGCAGAAAAAUCGUUUCUUUAUUCAAAUCUGAAAAAUUACUUCAAAACCCAGAAACAGAUAUAUGAAUGGCAGCAAGAAUCUCCAUCAAACACUUGACCCCUUAUUUUUCUUUCACAAAAAAAUCCCAAUUCUCUUCAUUAACACCUACUUAUCAAUCCAAAGCUUUGGAAUUUCUUGAUUCAUGUCAAAGUUUGGCACAGCUCUUUCAAAUCCAAGCACAUUUGAUAAUAACUGGUCUUUUACAAGUACAAAAUCCCUCAUAUUCUUGCAGAUUUUUGAAGCUCUGUACUCAACAUUGUGAUGAUAUUGAAUAUACUGCAUUGGUAUUUAAGUGCAUUCAUUUUCCGGAUACUUUUUCAGUUAAUACUGUUAUAAAAGCUUAUGCUUGUAGUUCUUUUCCUGAUAAUGCUGUAGUUUUCUAUUUCCAAAGGCUUAAAAAUGGGUUCUUGCCUAAUAGUUUUACAUUUCCACCUCUCAUGAGUGCUUGUGCUAGAAGGGGUCGUUUGGAUUCGGGUCAGAAGUGUCAUGGACAAGUUGUGAAAAAUGGUGUUGAUGGAGUUUUGCAAGUGCAGAACUCUUUAGUGCAUUUUUAUAGUUGUUGUGGUUUUAUUGAUCUUGCUAGGAAGGUAUUCGAUGAAAUGCACCAAAGGGAUGUUGUGUCUUGGAACAGCAUUAUGAAUGGAUAUGUAAAAGUGGGUGAAUUAGUCGUUGCACGACAGUUGUUUGAUGCAAUGCCAGAGUGUAAUUUAGUUGGGUGGAAUGUCAUGAUGACUGGGUAUUUGAAUUCGAAUAACCCUGGGAAGUGCUUAAAGUUGUUCAGAGAAAUGGCACAGAGGGGAUUGAAUGGGAACGAUACAACUAUAGUUAUUGCAGUGACUGCUUGUGCUAGGUCAGCUCGAAUGAAGGAAGGAAAAUCUGUUCAUGGGUGUCUUAUUAAGGCAUCGAAAGACUUGAAUUUGAUUGUUAGUACGACUUUAAUCCAUAUGUAUAGUAGAUGCGGAAGAGCAGAAAUAGGUCGUUUAAUUUUUGAUCGGAUAUCGAUCAAGAACAUAGUUUGCUGGAAUGCAAUGAUUUUGGGGUAUUGCAUUCAUGGAAGCCCAAAAGAUGGGCUUAAUCUGUAUUCAGACUUGCUGAGUAGUAGAUUAGAAAGUACAGAAAAAAAUCAUGUCAAGUACCAUGCGCUUCCAGAUGAAAUCACAUUUGUCGGUGUCUUAUGCGCUUGUGCCCGUGAAGGACUGUUAACAGAAGGAAGAAAACACUUUGGAAACAUGAGUGAUGUGUUUGGUAUAAAGCCCAGCUUUGCACAUUAUUGGUGCAUGGCUAAUCUCUUGGCAAAUGUUGGCCUAAUGCAAGAAGCAAUAGAAACACUGAAGAACAUACCAGUGGAGAGCAAUUUGCCACUGGAAUCCUCAUUGUGGUCUGAAUUGCUUGGCUCAGCACGCUUUGGACGGGAUGUAAGUUUAGGAGAACAAAUUGCGAAUAAGUUGAUUGAUCAAGACCCCAAGAAUUUUUGGCAUUAUUUAUUGCUGGUGAACAUCUAUGCUGCAGCUGGUCGUUGGGAUGAAGUAGCUCAGACAAAGGAGAAAAUGAAGAAUAGAGGAAUAGAAAGAACACCAGGUUGCAGUUUAAAAGACUUGAAGGAAAUUGUUCACAACAUGCCAGCCACAUAAAGUGCAGCUGUCUGUGCUUCUCUGAUACUUUGGGCUCUAACAAUGAAGAAUAUAAAUUGCACGAGAUGCAGCAGCAGCUUCAAUGGAACAUUUUUGAUGAAUCUAUGGCUACUGUCCUUGCAUCAGAAGGUGCUUUGAAAAAGCUAAACAUCAUG